AUGUGGCCUUGCGUUGAUAUGGAUGGCUACAUGAAUAUUUGGAUUUUAAAGCCUAGUUAUGGAUCUCGUGGUGUCGGGAUAUACUUUUGUCGGACAUUGCAAUAUGUUUUGAAAGUGUUGAAAGAGCACAAAAACAAUAGCUACGUAAUCCAGAAAUAUAUUGAACGUCCUUUACUGAUACACCAUACCAAAUUUGAUAUUCGACAAUGGUUUCUUAUAAGUUCAACAAUGCCGUUAACAAUUUGGAUAUACAAGGAAUGCUAUUUGCGCUUCAGCUCGCAAACGUACAAUUUACGGAAGUUGCACGAAUCUAUUCAUUUAACAAAUAAUUCUGUGCAGUCAAAAUAUCACAACGGUAAUAGAGAUCCUGGUUUGCCGGCCCACAACAUGUGGUUUCUGCGAGAGUUUAAAGAACAUCUCACUAAUCUGGGUUAUCCUCAUGUCUACGAUGACAUUAUAUUCCCAGGAAUUAAAGAGUGUAUCACAGCAGCAGUAUUGGCAACUCAAGAUCAAAUAUAUCGGACAUCGAAAGCCUUCGAGUUGCACGGAGCAGAUUUCAUGAUCACCGAAGAUUUCAUACCUUGGCUUAUAGAAAUUAACUCAAAGCCAGCAUUAAACCCGAGCACUGCAGUUACGUCAAAACUAUGUCCAGCUGUAUUAGAAGAUGUUAUCAAAGUUGUUAUUGAUCAUGCUCGAAACCCUAAAGCACCUACGGGUAAUUUCGAAUUACUUUAUAAAGAGAAGGUGAUGACCCUGCCUCCUGUAGAUGAUUCAGUAUUGCAAAUAAAAGGACAACCCAUUGAUGCAAAUUACUUUCUAACACCUGAACAAGAACAGAACAUGCCAAUCAAUACGACGAGUGAUCGUUCAGGAGAUAGCAUAAAUAUUAUUAAAACGACAGAUUAUAUGAAAUAUAUAGGAAAAGAGAUGAAGAAUACAUUAAAACAAUUAUUAGCAUUGGUUGAGAAAGAAAAAGAGAGACGACGACGUCUUCGUGAGCCGAAUGCGGCUGGUGAAAUGGAUAUGGAAAGUUUUGAAUGCUGCGAGGAUAUGGAAAAGAUUAAGCGCAACAUGAAAGAAAUUCAAGAAAUCUUCAAAUUCAAUGAGAAAGGCGGGAAGAGAGCUAGUGUCAACCAAAUUUGUUUACCGAAAGCAUCGGAAUCUCUAUUAAGAACAAACAGUAAUAAAAUUAAGGAGGCAAUUGGUUCUUUAGAAAAUAAAAGCAAGGAAAAAGAACCCUCUACAUCAAUAUUUUCUAAUAUCAUGAAUAUGAUUGAAGCAUUCAACUAUCCUGCAACUUAA